CAGGGGGAACGCUUCCUGGCUGCACUGGGAGGUGCUUCUCGCCCGCCCGCCGACAAACGGAGGAUGCCGAGGUCAACCCCGGCUCCCGACACGCUUCCUCCGGCAGGCCCGGGGGAGGGCCGUGGGCGCGGGGACGGCGCUGGUGUGGGGCGGCCGGGGCCAGCCCGAGGCGGGGCCCAGCGCCGCCACAGCAGCCGGGGCAGCCCGCGCCCUUCGGCCCCGCGCCGCGCCGCCAGCAUGAGGCGGGCCGGGCCGUGGUGCCUGCUCCUGGCCGCGGCCUGCGCCCUGGGCCGGCCCCCGCCGCCGCGGGCUGCCGUGCGCUGCCAGGCCGCCGGCGCCUGCUUCAGCGCCCACCUCGCCAACGGCUCCUACGCCGAGGCCCGCAGCGCCUGCGGCCGCCGCCGGGGCGGCCUGGCCUGGGUCAGCGGCGAGCCGGAGCUGCGGCUGGUGCUGAGGCUGCUGGCGGAGGCGGCGCCGAGGCCCGCGCCCUCGCUCUUCUGGGUCGGGCUGAAGAGGAACGCCACCGCCUGCACCGACGCGGGGCACCCGCUCCGCGGCUUCUCCUGGGAGGGCGCCGGCGGCGGGGCGGCCCCGCGGGAGGUGCCGGCGGCGCUCGGCCGCUGGGUGAAGGAGCCCGUGCGGUCCUGCCUCACCGCCCGCUGCGCCGGGCUGCACCUGGCGGCGGCGGCCCCCGACGGCGGCCGCAGCUGGGGCUGGAAGGAGCGGCUCUGCCAGCGGGAGAGCCAGGGCUACGUGUGCAAGUACCAGUACGAGGGCGCCUGCCCCGACCUCAGCCCCGCGGGCGCCCUCCGCCUCGACUACCGCCUCCCCUUCGAGGAGCGCAGCGCCAGCGCCGGCCCCGGCUUCAGCCCGCCGGGCACCGUGCUCACCGUGGCGUGCCUCGGUGGGGAGGUGCGGCUCACCUGCAAGCCCGAGCGGGCCGGCUUCGCCUGGAAGGGGGCAGAGGAGCCCCUCUGCCCCUGCAGCUACCGCAGCCCCGGCAGCGGGCGGUGCGCCCAGGCCGCCGGGUGCCGCGAUGCCGCCGGCGGCUUCGCCUGUGCCUGCACGCCGGGCGGGCGGGACGGGACGCCUUGCGCGGCCACGGAGGCGGCCCCCACCGCCGCGGGCGGCCUCGCGGAGCCGCCGGGUGCCGGGGCGGAGGGGCAGCGCCCCUCCGCCCCGGCACCCGGCGGCUCCGCGGGGCCGCCCGCCGCCACCAACCGGGCCGCCGGCGGAGCGAAGACGGCUGCUCCGCCGCCCUCCUCCUCCUCCUCCUCCUCCAACUACGUUUUCAUCCUGGUGACGGUCGCGGUGGUGGUGCUGGUCAUCCUCGUCAUGACCGUCCUGGGGGUCUUCAAGCUCUGCUUCAACAAGAACUCCGAGGGCCGCCGGGACAAGGAGCCGCCGGAGGCCGGCGGCAAGGCGGAGGCGGGCUCCGCGGAGCCGGGGGGAGCGGCCGGAGGCGACUAGCCCCGGGCGGCCGGGGCCCCCUCCCUCGGGGCUGCCCCGAGCGGCAGCUCCCACCCCAGGGUAGCGCUCGGCUCCCCCCCCGCCCCCGUCUCCCUUGCCCCCAGCCCGGCUGCCGCGGGGAGCCGAGGAAGAGGCGCCGUGGGACUUGGCUGCGCAGGACUUGCAGAUCGUCAGACGGGGGGGCAUGCAGCGACCCCCUCUUUCAGGGGUUUGAAGCCUUUGGACAGUCGAGCUUUUGUCAGUCUGAAAACCAGUUAUUUAGGUGCUAACAAAGUGUCCUUGGAGCAAGUGUAAAGGGGACCACUUUGAGCGCUCGCGUCUUGUAAUUUAGAAGUCACUCCUUGUCUGAGUGGUACUUGGAGGCUCUCGUUUUCUUUCUAAUUGCUGGAGCAUUUGGAGAGGUGAACUGCCAUAAUUUUGGAGGAAACUGUGACCCAUACUCUUUCAGACUGACAUUCUUAAAAAUGAAGAGCAUUUCUAUGCUUAGAAGGUCAUUAAAUUGCUGAGGAAGUGGGAGGUUAAUGGGGUGUCAGUUUUAUACUUCAGCUGAUGAAAAGAAUAAAGGAUGAUUUAAAACCUAA